AUGGAAUACGAUUAUCUCUUCAAGAUCCUCCUCAUCGGCGACUCGGGCGUUGGCAAGUCUGCUCUUCUGCUGCGUUUUGCUGAUGAUGAGUACAGCGAGUCGUACAUCUCCACCAUUGGCGUGGACUUCAAGAUCAGGACUAUCAACAUUGAUGAUAAGAGCGUGAAGCUUCAGAUUUGGGACACGGCUGGCCAGGGACGAUCACCUCUUCCUAUUAUCGUGGCGCCCACGGCAUUAUCAUCGCCUACGACAUCACCGAUGAGGCCUCGUUCUCUCACGUGCGAGGAGAUCGAGCGCUAUGCGCAAGAUAACGUGCGCAAGCUUUUGGUCGGAACGAAGUGCGAUCUUGAGAGCAAGCGUGUGGUGGACAAGGCCAGAGGCCAGCAGCUUGCGGAUGAGCUGAACGUUCCGUUCGUUGAGACGUCAUCCAAGAACUCCACAAACGUCGAGCAGGCCUUCUUGCUCAUGGCCAAGGAGAUCAAGAACAAGCAGGGUCCUCCUCCUGCUGCCUCCACCCAGAAGAAGGUGCGCAAGCUUUUGGUCGGAACGAAGUGCGAUCUUGAGAGCAAGCGUGUGGUGGACAAGGCCAGAGGCCAGCAGCUUGCGGAUGAGCUGAACGUUCCGUUCGUUGAGACGUCAUCCAAGAACUCCACAAACGUCGAGCAGGCCUUCUUGCUCAUGGCCAAGGAGAUCAAGAACAAGCAGGGUCCUCCUCCUGCUGCCUCCACCCAGAAGAAGGUCGAUCUCAGCGGACCCACGACCCCUGUGGGCGGCGACAACGGCGGCUGCUGCUAA